CCGAAGCCAGGGAUGCUCCGGCGACCCCCGGCUCCGCGAUGCUCUCGGCCCAAGUCCACCUGAGCGCCGAGAUUGGGAAAGGGGUGCAUGGCGAAAGAUGGGAGGGAGAGCCAGUCCUGAAGGGGACCGGGUCAGGAGAAGGACGAUCCCCUGGGGAAAACGGGAAGGGCGCAUGUGGACCGACCCUGUGUGUGUGUGUGUGUGUGUGUCUGUCUGUCUGUCUGUCUGUCUGUCCCUCUCUGUCUGUCUGUCUCUCUGUGUGUAUCUUUGUGUGUCUGUCUGUCUGUGGGCAACUACUGUCAGUGCUGGCUUCUGUGCCCGCAGAGUGGCUCUUCCUUUGGGUCUUGUUGACUGUGCCUGUUUGUGCCCGUGUGUUGGCCACUGUGGGCCAGUCUACACCAGUGCAUGGCAAAUUCUUGCAGGAAUUGCUAGGUCUACCUGACUGGAACCGAGGCUAUACCCUUUUCUCGGCAACCUGGAGGCCUAUUCCUGACCGCCAUGGAAUUGCCUCUGAGCCAAGCUACCCUUCGGCACACACUACUGCUCCUGCCAGCCCUCUUAAGUUCAGGACAGGGGGAGCUAGCACCACAAAUUGACGGUCAGACCUGGGCUGAGAGAGCACUUCGGGAGAAUGAGCGCCAUGCCUUCACCUGUCGGGUGGCAGGGGGACCUGCCACUCCCCGAUUAGCCUGGUACUUGGAUGGUCAGCUACAGGAGGCCACCACCUCAAGACUACUGAGCGUGGGCGGGGAGGCCUUCUCUGGAGGCACCAGCACGUUCACUGUCACUGCCCAGCGUGCUCAGCAUGAGCUUAACUGCUCCCUGCAGGACCCAGGGAGUAGCCGGCCAGCCAACGCCUCUGUCAUUCUCAAUGUGCAAUUUAAACCAGAGAUUGCCCAGGUUGGGGCCAAGUAUCAGGAAGCUCAGGGCCCAGGCCUUCUGGUAGUCCUGUUUGCCCUGGUGCGGGCCAACCCACCUGCCAACGUCACCUGGAUUGACCAGGAUGGACCGGUGACUGUCAAUGCCUCUGACUUCCUGGUGCUGGAUGCUCAGAACUAUCCCUGGCUCACGAAUCACACUGUGCAGCUGCAGCUCCGCAGCCUGGCGCACAACCUCUCAGUGGUGGCCACCAACGAUGUGGGUGUCACCAGUGCCUCGCUUCCGGAACCAGGGCUCCUGGCCACCCGAGUAGAAGUGCCACUGCUGGGCAUCGUUGUGGCUGGAGGGCUUGCCUUGGGCACUCUAGUUGGGUUCAGUACCUUGGUGGCCUGUCUGGUCUGCAGGAAAGAGAAGAAAACUAAAGGCCCCUCCCGGCGCCCAUCUCUGAUAUCUAGUGACUCCAACAACCUGAAAGUGAAUAACGUACGCCUGCCACGGGAGAACAUGUCCCUCCCAUCCAACCUUCAGCUCAACGACCUAACUCCGGAUCUCAGAGGGAAAGCAACAGAGCAGCCAAUGGCUCAGCACAGCAGCCGUCCAGAGCUUCUGGAAGCCGAGCCUGGUGGCCUCCUCACCAGCCGAGGCUUCAUCCGUCUCCCAAUGCUGGGCUACAUCUACCGAGUAUCCAGUGUAAGCAGUGAUGAGAUCUGGCUCUGAGCUUGAGGGUGAGGCAUGAGGCCCAGGUGGCCCCCAGAGCACCCCACCCCAAUGUCUCCUUCAAGCCUUCCUCCGCUGGGCCACGUUGUGACCGUGAAGAAGCCAUGUCACUGCCACCUGGCCCUCCUGGCAGGGGUACCCUGUGGGUCCUGCAUGAUGUACUUCACUGCACUCUAACCUGCAAGGCGUAGUCUAGCCUUGGCAAGACCAUUGGUCAGAAAUAGGCUCCUUGCACUCACUCAGUUUGGGGACUUGCAUUUGGUAACUGGGCCCAGGCAGAUGAAACUCUGGCCUAGUGUGUUCAGGUGUCACCCCACACGUAAGAGAUGGGCCUACUACAUGUUCACUACUAGUAUCCUCUGCAUCUCAUACAGUAGGCAGAGGGAUGCCUAUGUGGGGGACAGGAGGGUCCUUGCACAACUCAGACGUCCUUCCUAUGCUAUGCAGCUUUCUCCCCUCAGGGAAAACAGGACCCUGCUAGCUGAACAGAACCAAAUUGCCCUUUGCUCAGGAACCAGCCCCUUGCCCAGGGACCUGGCCAAGCACAAAUUAGUCCCUUUUGCUGCAGAUCUCUGCCUUUUUGUCCCCAUCUCCUCUUGGGCAUACACUAGACCUUCUCCACUGGGCAUUAGACCUCACUGGCUGGGGCCCCCAGGUGUCAGCCUCUGAUAUUAGCACAAGAUGAGUGGGAAGAAGUCUGCUGGCCCCCAGGAUGGCAUGUAGCUAUGCAUCGUUUUGUACAAGUGUUCCCCCUUUAAGCACAUUCCCUAGGGAAAGGAGGGCCCAGGGCCUUCUUAGGUCCCCCAUGUUUGGCCUUCAGCGAUUCACUGUGAGUGUUCUGAGCACUCAGGAUUGACGGUUUCCCUCUCUCCAUGUCUCUCCCCACUGUAGCAAUAUCCCUGACCAGUCCCUGGCUGCCCCAUCCUGUUUAGGGGAUGGUCACAGUGGGCAUGUAAGCCAACAGUGCCACAAGAUUUAGGGGGACACAGAGAAAGCGGGAACCACGUAACCCCAAAGAGCUAAGAAUCUUUUAAACAGCAACAUGGAAAUGACUGGAGAGCAGUAGAGCAGAGUCUACUUUCCCUCCUUGGUAUCUUGUUCUGUCAUUUUUCUCAUGUUACUGGCUCGUGCUGCACACAGAGUAAACUACCGUGAUUGA